CAGGCAGGGGGAUUAUUAGGAAACAAAAGAGAGAAGAGGAGGAGGAGAGAAAGCGAGGAAACAAGUCUGAGGCUGCACUCAGCAGCACUCUUCUCUCACACACAUACACAUCUCGCUCUCGCUCCUUUCUUUCCUCCUCAGCCCUUCUUCUUCCCCUCUACCUCCACACACCCCUUCCCUCCCCAUCACUCUGCACCCUCCCCUCUUCUCUGUGUUUCUCAGUCCCAGCCAUCUUGCUUUAUUUUCUGCUUGCUACCUCUCCGCUUCCCUCCCUCCUUUAUCUUUCUCUCAUUCCCCAAUCCUUCUCUAUCACCCCCUUCUCCUUUUCUUGCCACCCCCACCGUCCUGCACUCCUCCCCCUCUUUUCGCUCUCUCUUUCUCUCCCUCUCUCCAUCCCUUUCCUCCCCCUCCUGGCUUCUCUUUUAUUUAUUUAUUUUGCCUUGCUCUUCUCUGUCUCUGUUUCCCCUCUUACUUGUAUUGCUGUGUCUGUAUUUUUUGGAGGUGCACCAGGGGGCUCCCCUUUUGCAGUGCUUGCAGUGCAGGUAGUGGGGUCCCCCCCUCACUCCCCUCUUUCCCCAGCCUGUGGCCCCCCCUUGUGUCCCCCUUUACUCUCAGCCUGCUGCAGCCCACAAACAUGAUGGCGGCAGUUCCCAUCCAGCAAAAUGGGACCCACAGUGGGGUCCCCAUAGACCUCGACCCCCCAGACUCAAGAAAAAGACCCCUGGAAGCCCCGCCGGAGGCUGGGAGCACGAAGAGGACCAACACUGGAGAAGACGGCCAGUUUUUCCUAAAGGUCCUCAUUCCUAGUUACGCAGCAGGAUCUAUCAUAGGAAAGGGUGGCCAGACCAUCGUCCAGCUACAGAAAGAGACGGGAGCCACAAUCAAGCUGUCCAAAUCCAAAGAUUUUUAUCCAGGUACCACAGAGCGGGUCUGUCUGAUCCAAGGCACUGUAGAAGCUCUCAAUGCUGUCCAUGGCUUCAUUGCAGAGAAAAUUCGAGAAAUGCCACAGAAUGUGGCUAAAACUGAACCAGUCAGCAUCCUGCAACCACAGACUACGGUUAAUCCAGACCGUAUCAAACAAACAUUGUCAUCAUUACCACCAGCCACCAAGUCCUCUUCAUCAGACCCCAUGACCAUCUCCAGAGCCAGCCAGGUGAAGAUCAUCGUUCCCAACAGCACUGCUGGUCUGAUCAUCGGUAAAGGAGGAGCCACUGUGAAGGCAGUAAUGGAACAAUCUGGUGCAUGGGUACAGCUUUCCCAAAAACCAGAUGGCAUUAAUCUGCAAGAACGAGUGGUGACUGUAAGCGGAGAGCCAGAACAAAACCGCAAAGCUGUAGAGCUGAUAGUGCAGAAGAUCCAGGAGGACCCACAAAGUGGCAGCUGUUUGAACAUCAGCUACGCCAAUGUCACCGGACCUGUAGCUAACUCCAAUCCCACAGGAUCUCCAUAUGCCAACACUGCUGAAGUUCUACCUACUGCUGCUGCAGCGGCAGGGCUUUUAGGACAUGCCAACCUUGCUGGGGUGGCAGCCUUUCCUACUGUUCUAUCCGGAUUCACUGGCAAUGAUCUGGUUGCUAUUACAUCAGCUCUUAACACCUUGGCCAGUUAUGGCUACAACCUCAACACUUUAGGGUUGGGACUGAGUCAAGCAGCAGCCACAGGAGCACUAGCAGCUGCUGCUGCAAGCGCUAACCCAGCCGCAGCUGCAGCAGCCAACUUGCUGGCUACAUAUGCCAGUGAAGCAACUGGGGGUGGUGGCACUGCAGGGGGAGCGGCUGGAACGUUUGCACUAGGCAGCUUAGCUGCAGCCACGGCAGCUACCAAUGGAUAUUUUGGGGCAGCAUCCCCACUAGCUGCUAGCGCCAUUUUGGGCACUGAAAAGUCAACAGACGGCUCAAAGGACGUAGUAGAAAUUGCUGUGCCAGAAAAUCUAGUAGGUGCCAUUCUCGGCAAAGGUGGCAAGACAUUGGUAGAAUAUCAGGAGUUGACUGGCGCCAGGAUACAGAUUUCCAAAAAAGGGGAGUUUGUCCCCGGUACCAGAAACCGUAAGGUAACCAUAACAGGCACACCAGCCGCCACACAAGCUGCCCAGUAUCUAAUCACGCAACGAGUCACUUACGAGCAAGGUGUUCGGGCAGCCAACCCACAGAAAGUGGGUUAAUUUGCCCCCCCCCCACCCCCACUUCCGUCCUUCUUCCUUUCCCAGGAUGUUAACUUAAUUGUCCCUCCCUUAUCCCUUCUUCUUUUCAUGGAUGUACUGUAUUUUGCAGGAGCGAUUUAUAUUUUAUUUUUUAUUUGAAUUUUAUUUUUGUUUCGUUUUGUUAUUGGCAGGGGAAGUGCGCGUCGGGAUUAAUAUAUAAUUAUGCAAAUGAACGCAACAGUGUUGACAAAGCGCAUCUGUAAAUAAUACAUGUAUGCGGAUGUUUUAGAGAGGGAAUUUUUUUAGUGUUUUUUUAUUUGUUUUUUUAAAAAGUUUUUGUUAAUUUGAAGGAUUUUGACAGGUUAUCUCUCUCUCUCUUGUUGAGGUUUUAUUGUUUACGCGUCAAAAAGUAAAAGUUUUUGAAGCCUGCCAUUUUACCAGCAUUGUUGUAGUUGAAAAUGAACUGAAUGUAAACAUGAAGUGACGCAUAGGUUUUAAUCUCUGUGAGGGCUGAUGCGUCCAGUAAUGCACUGCAGAGCCACGUGUUGCUGGUCCCUUCAGAAACCCGCACAGUUGUCAGUAUUAGUCCUAAGUGACGCUGUAACUGAACUACUGUUUUGCUGGAAAACAGCAGGGGGGUCGGGUGGGUGAGUUACCUAUAAAACAAAAGGGAGUAAAGAAAAUCAAAAGCACUGUCCAACUUCACUCAUGCUUCCUGCCCUGGGGUGGCAGCGUAUGAGGGAAAACAUGUUUUGGAAUAA